UGGAAUGAGUAGUCAUCUAAUAACUUGACCUAAAUAACUUGUUUUACACCUGCGAUCUUGCAAAUAAUAUUUGCCGGCUUUAAAUUAUCUUGAUCAUAGUAGCUCGCAAUUUCUCGACGUAAUUCAGGCAGAGGGAAAUCUACUUUGACAUCAACCCAGGUUUGGACUUGCAAACGAAUGGCAUCUGAACUGUGGAAAUCAAUGAAUACCAUACAGCAUCGCAUGCUUUCAGUACUUGUCGAUUCCGCGAAGAAAUCCAACCAAAAUCCACUAGGAUUCAUCAAUUCCCCAGUGAACUCGAAGAGGAGAAAUCGGCCCCCAAUUCCGCUGCCGCACAGAACGAUUCCGGAACCCAAAGGGCAAGACCUUGAUUUCGUGAAUGUGGCUCACAGUCACCUCACCCACUCCGACUGGGCGAACCUCGAAUCAAUAUCAUCCAUGUUGACGCCUUUCAGAGUAAAGCACGUUCUUUUGAAAACCCAAAAGGAUUACGUGCUUUCGCUAGAGUUUUUUAAUUGGGUAGGUCUCAAAGCCCCCAAAUUGCAGACUCUCGAGUCCCGUUCCAUAGUUCUUCACGUCCUUACCAAACACAGGAAGUUCAAAUCGGCGGAAUCGAUCCUAAGAAAGUUCCUGGAAUCAUGCUCUUUAGACGUUGAUCUUCCAGCGAAGCUCUUCGAUUCCCUGAUAUAUUCAUAUAGAAUGUGCGAUUCUUCCCCGCGUGUUUUUGAUUCCCUGUUUAAAACCUAUGCACAUAUGAAGAAGUUUAGGAAUGCCACUGAUGUGUUUUGUAGUAUAAGGGAAUAUGGGUUUCUCCCAACUGUUGAGUCUUGCAAUGCUUAUAUUAGUUCGUUAAUGGGGUUAAAUAGGGCAGAUAUUGCAUUGUCAUUUUACAGGGAAAUGCAAAGGUCUAAGAUCUCCCCCAAUGUGUAUACUCUGAAUAUGGUUAUUGGCGCAUUUUGUAAAUCAGGGAAACUGGAAAAGGCUAUUGAAGUGUUUAAGGGAAUGGAGAACAAAAAUCUGAAACCUAACGUUGUGUCAUUUAACACUUUGAUAUCAGGUCACUGUAAUAGUGGUCUGCUCAGUGCUGCUAUGAAGCUCAAAAACACGAUGGAGAGGAGUGGGAUUAGCCCAAAUGAUGUUACUUUUGGUACACUGAUCCAUGUGUUAUGCAAGGAAGGGAAAAUGAACGAUGCUAAUAAGCUGUUUAAUGAGAUGAAAAGGAUUGGUGUGGCUCCAAGUGUUGUUACGUACAACACAUUAAUCAAUGGGUACAGCCAAGCCGGUAAAAGUGAGAUGGGUAAUCAAGUUUAUGAAGAGAUGUGGAAUAAAGGAAUCAAAGCUGAUAUCUUGACUUAUAAUGCAUUGAUUUUGGGGUUUUGUAGGGAGGGCAAGACCAAGAAAGCUGCAUAUUUGGUGAAAGAACUUGAUAAAGCAGGGUUGGUUCCGAAUUCAUCUACAUUCUCUUCGCUAAUAAUUGGACAGUGUGUAAAGAAGAACUCUGAUCGUGCCUUUCAACUCCUUAAAAGUAUGGUUAGGGCUGGUUGUCACCCAAAUGAGUAUAUUUUGAGUGUUUUGGUUUCCACCUUCAUCAAGAAUGAUGAUUAUGAUGGAGUAAUGCAAGUGCUCAAAGAGAUGCAAAUGAGAUCUUUUACUCUUGACUCGGUUAUCUUGACUGAGAUUCAUGAUGGGCUCUGUAAAUAUGGUAAAGAGGAAGAAGCUAGAAAGGUGUUUCAGGAGAUAGAAGCAAGAGGUCUUAUGCCCAAAGGAUUUGAGUCAUUUGACCAAACUAGAAUGAAUCUUUGGCAUAUGUAAGUCAAGUGCCAUCCAGUCAAUAUUUUCACUUGCAAGGCUCGCCAGUUCAAAUUCAUAACAUGAGCGAUCCUUCUGGAUUUUUUUAUAGUAGUCUUUCAGAUAGCUCCAUGAUUAUUGGGUUUGUAGCAUUGUCUCAUCAUUGCAUUGAUCACUCAACCGUAAUUUGACAUUUAUAGCCACAGACAAAGCGAAGUUGGCUGAACAAUUGCCAACCUUGAAGUUGUCAACAUUGUUAGUUGUUACUAACCAGGAUUCUGGUUUUAUCCACAAGAUAUGUGUAAAAAAUGGCCUCAGGCCUCCAGAUCUCCUUAUAAUCCUAUUGAGGAACCGAUAUAUCUCACUAUCUCCACGUAUUCUGUAUCUGUCCGCCAAUUAUCAUCUUAUGCCAUGUGUGCCUGUCCACACAUCUUGGUUUUAUAUUUUUCCUUAAACCACUAGGGGUCCAUUCCUCAUGGUUAUUUCACUGAACUUCAUAGAUGCUAAUAUUACUUACUACCUCAGUCUCCAAAUAAGGGAAUAAUCUUACCAAGAAGAGGGUUGAGACGGGAGGGUGUUGUGUGUGCAGUGAGGUGACCACUGAAACGGAUCUGCAUUUAUUCCGAGAGUGUACAGUGAGUACAACGGUGUGGGUGAAUAUUGGCAGCAGGUUUGUUCGUCAAUGAGGGACAAUUGGCGAAUGGGUUCAAGGAUAUUUUGAUAACUUGGGUAUGGAAGAUCUUUGCUGUUUUAUAGUUGACUUUGGAACUUGUGCAAAGGAGUGUCAUGGAGGCAGAUUAUAGAGGUGGGGAUUGCAAGUCUAAAUGGAUGGAAAAAAGCGCAGGAGUCGUGGUCGAGGAAGGGGAUUGUGGACAGUGGGGAGGGCUGGUGUAGGCCGAUGUCAGGAUACAUUAAAGUGAACAUGGAUGCGGCCAUGAAUCCUAGAGAAGGUAUAUGUGCUUGGGCAUGGGUGGCUAGAGAGACAAGGAAGGUAAUUUUCUUCGAGGUGGCUGUCAGACUUCGUUUGCAAGUUGGUCAGCUGAAAUAUCAGAAGCCUUGGGUGUCUGGGAGGCAUUGGGCUGGGUAAAAGAACAUGAAUGGGUUGAUGUUAAUUUGGAAUCAACUCUCUAAUUCGAUACUAUUCUGGAGGACAUCAGAUUUUUAUUGCAUGAUGAAUCUAGGAUAAAUACUACACACUGCAAGAGGUCCGCAAAUGGAGUAGCACAUUCAUUGGCUCGAGCUGCUCUAUCUAUGCCGGAUGACAUUGUUUAUUUUGUUUCACCCCCUAAUUGUAUUUUGAGUCAAUUGAUGAACAAUGGCGUUUUUCCUUUCAAAAAAACCAAGGAAAUGGCUUUGGUGCCAAAUGCUUCAAUUGGGUGCUAAAAUGUGCAAUGUACAACAAUUCCCUGCGAUCUUGUCUACUUUUGGGCCUAUGAGCG